CAGCACAUCCAUUGAGAAAACCUCAUUCAAGUUUUGCGUGUCGAACGGAACGCAUCAGUUGAUCAGAGACCAGACGCCGUUUUAUAUCGUGUGGGAUUAAAACAAAAAACAUCGUAUUGUUUCGGCACGCCAAGGGAAUCAGUACAACACAUUGCGGGAGGAACUGACAAGCAUAAACCUUACUGCCUUGCCCGUCGCUUCAAGCGAAGACCAUUAGCUGGGAAUCUCAGCAAACCCCGGCAACAUGGACGGAUUUUACGACCAGCAGGUCCCUUUUAUGUUACCCCCCAGUCAGAAGUCUCACGUGGAAGAACCUUGCGACAGACCUUUCAAUGACCGGAAGAGAAAGUUUGUGGACACUGAACUGGCCCAGGACACAGAAGAACUCUUUCAGGACCUCAGUCAGCUGCAGGAAAUAUGGAUUGCCGAAGCUCAGGUUCCCGAUGACGAGCAGUUUGUCCCAGAUUUCCAGUCAGAUAACCUGGUGUUUCAUGGACCCCCCCCCACCAAGAUCAAGCGCGAGCAGAGUGCCUCCAAAGAGCUGUCCCCCUGCGGCCAGGACCCGAACCUCAGGCCCUAUGGAGAGAAGUGCCUUUACAGCUACAGUGCCUAUGACAGGAAGCCUGCCAUGGGCUUCAAACCACUGACUCCGCCUUCGACGCCCGUCUCGCCGUGUGGCUCCGCCCACACGCCAGGGGCCCGCCCGCUCCACGAGCAGACCCCUCCCGCCGUCCCCGGCCCCCAGACGCCGGGACCCCGCCCCCUGCACGGGCAAGCGGCCAUUCAGGGCGCCGCGCACAAUCAGAGGACGCUCGCGCUCCACAGCCAGACCCCGCCCUUCGCCGUGCCCUGCCCGCCCCUCAAUCACGCCGACAACGCCUACGCUCGCCCGCAAAUACGCAGGCAGCUGUCUGAGCCCUGCUUACCUUACCCACCCUCCGAGGUCCCGGGACGCCCCUUCCACCCCCACGCGCCCCGGACCGCGUCCUGCGACGGCCGCCCCCCGUACCAGCGCCAGAUGUCCGAGCCCCUCGUCCCCGUGCCCCCCCAGGGCUUCAAGCAGGAGCUGCUGGACCCCCGCUACGCCGAGCAGUGCCCCCCCGCCAUGGCGCCCUCCCGGCCCAGCCCCCUGCAGCCCCCCACCCCCCACGGCAGCUUCAACCCCCUGGCCAUCAAACAGGAGCCCCGGGACUUCUGCUUCGACUCUGAAGUGCCUAACUGCCAGUCUUCGUUUGGGAGGGCAGCGAGCUUCUACCAAAACGGCCGCGAAAGCUUUCCCUUCGAGAGAGAGCCGCACCUGUACUACGACGACACCUGCGUGGUCCCCGAGCGACUGGAAGAGAAGGUGAAGCAGGAGCCGUCCGUGUACCGCGAGGGCCCGCCCUACCAGCGCCGCGGCUCCCUGCAGCUCUGGCAGUUCCUGGUCACGCUGCUGGACGACCCCGCCAACGGCCACUUCAUCGCCUGGACGGGCCGCGGCAUGGAGUUCAAGCUCAUCGAGCCGGAGGAGGUGGCCCGUCGCUGGGGCAUCCAGAAGAACCGGCCGGCCAUGAACUACGACAAGCUGAGCCGCUCGCUGCGCUACUACUACGAGAAGGGCAUCAUGCAGAAGGUGGCGGGGGAGAGGUACGUGUACAAGUUCGUGUGUGACCCCGAGGCCCUCUUCUCCAUGGCCUUCCCCGACAACCAGAGGCCCAGCCUGAAGGCCGACCCCGACAGCCUGCCGGGCGCGGAGGACGAGACCCUGCCCCUCACCCACUACGACGAGGCCGCCCCCUACCUGGUGGACGGGGGGGAGCAGUGCAUGGCGUCCAUGUCCUUCCCUGAUGGAUAUGUGUACUGAGGGCCACCUUCAAUGCCCACCCGCCCCCCCCCCCCCCCCCAGCCCUCUGCCACCCCCACGACCCGUCCCAGAAUCCGAACUGCUGAGCAGCAUGGGAUACGUCUGAACCACAUCCCCCCCCAACUCGCCCCCCCCACUCCCCCCUUCUUGACUUGUUGCCCACUUCCUGAUUUGUAUCCCACUCUCCGAAACAGGAACCAGCUCUGGCACCAAAUAAUGGAACUGGACUGGCAUAAUGGGACGAUUAGAAUCGAAAGGCUCCACCCAUUUAUCAGAAGAAAGGGGGGGGGGGCGGUGCCUUUGUUGCUAUGGAGACUGGGAGAAGGGUCAAGGGAGGGGCCCCACAGUGCAGUGGUCUGACAGAUAUUUCUGUGCAGACUGCAAGACUUGUAGCAAUUCUGUAUUUGACAAUCUGCUUUUCUAAAUGAGUAAAGUAUAUAAGGAUUAUAAUCUUAAAGAAAAAAAAUCAAAACACAGCACUAUUCUGUAGUUGCCUUUUUGGUCCCCAGCUAUUUUUCUUUUGUUUUCUCUAAAUCUUUGCAGAAUAAAAUUUUUUAAAAAAGCUACAGAAUAUAUUACUCAAGACAUUGUAAAUGAAAAGGGCUUCGUUUUGCAAAAUAAAAAAAAUAUUAAAUCUGAUUCGUUGUCUAAUCCGGGUCAGAAACUGAUUUAGAUAACACUGGCUUCACGGUAAUUAUGGCUUUUCAUGUAAUGAAACUUGUUUUUUGUUUUGCUUAGUUGAGGCCUGCUCUUUUCAGCUCCUCAGCUGCCACACUAACAUUUCAUUUUGCGACGGGGGUGGAGGACUGUCCAAAUGACCGUUAUUUACGAUGCGUUUUUCCUGUCACAUUGGACUGAGAAGCCACGCCCCCCCCCCCCCCCCGACUUGUCGGUGAUGGUCCAGCAACCAAUCGCACCUUCUGGAGAAUGCAUCAGAGCGAGAGACUGAGAGAGCUCGCGGCUCGGCUGCGUCACUGGGCCCGAUGGAUCUCUCUCGCUCUCUCUCCGUGCAGAAACACCUCAUCACUCCUUCUCUCUCUUUUUGUCUCGGUAAAUGCAACAAGUCCGUUGCUUCUCUGUUCCAAGGACCGGAAUCUUUUUCUAUCUUUGUGAGACGAAAAUUCAAAAGGGAUGCAUACAAACAGUAUUUUUUUUUUUCCUGGAAGCUUUGAAUUUAUAAAUAUGUAAACGUAUAUAUAUAUAUUAAAAUGAUGGUCAUGUUUUGUAGGCUUUUUUGUAUUUAGAGCUUAAUGUUUUUUUUUUGUUUUGUUUUGUUUUUUCCCCUUGUUUUUUGUUUUGUUUUUUUGCACUGCACUCCUUUGAGGUUUUGUAAAAACGCACAGUGAUGGUAGUACAGAGAACUCGCAUGCAAACGAGCAAAAAAUCCUCCUCUCCCAUUGGUCACUUCUACUCUGCCACGUUGACGGAAGUCCACUGCCUCUCCUUGCAUGCUGUAUACAAUGGGCAACUGCAACUGCUCACUAACAUAUCGCUUUACCUUGGACAAGACGAAAUUGUGUGAAAAGUUCUCUGCAUUUAUAUUGUUUCAUUGAGUUUUUUUUUUCUUUUCAAGAGGAAAAAAAAGAAAACCUAUAUAUAUAUUUUUGCAAAGUCUGCAUUAGUUUGAUUAACUGUAUAAGCUGUAUAGUUUCGCCUCUCACAGAUGUGUAUUUUAAAAUCUCGGUCCCCCGUGAUUUAAGGAAACGUCGAGAAGCUAGUGGUGUGGAGGGCGGGGCCUCUGUCGGAGAGAGGCGUGUCUUGUAUGCCCGUUCGGUGUCUCCUGUGAUUGGAGGGAGGUGUGUCCCAUCCACCCCGCUGUGUUAAGGUCAUCUGCACUUGUAUAGGCCUCCCCCUCCCCCCCGCCCCCCACCCUCCCAUCACAACGUGUACCUUACACUGCUGAGUUUAUAAUCUGUACUGAGUACAAUAAACUAUCCUUUCUGCUUCA